GGCUCAGCAGAGUCAGGUUGUUGAGCAGAGAAGCGGCUGCAGUCGUUUUUUCAGCCCGGGACAAAAACCCUGUAGCGUCUCAUUGCAACAUGGCGACAGAGUUCCACAACCUCCAGGAGCUGAGGCACAGUGCAACGCUGGUAACAAAGGUGUUUAUUCAGAGGGAUUACUGCGAAGGGACCGUCUGCCGCUUCCAGACCAAGUUCCCCUCGGAGCUCGACAACAGGAUUGAGCGAACCUUGCUCGAGGAGACGGUGAAGACCCUGAACUCUUGUUAUGCCGAGGCCGAGAAAAUUGGAGGUCAGUCGUACCUGGAGGGAUGUCUGGCCUGUGCAACGGCUUACAUCGUCUUCCUCUGCAUGGAGACACGCUACGAGAAGGUGCUGAGGAAGAUAUCAGGCUACGUCCAAGAGCAGAAUGAGAAGAUCUACGCUCCUCGAGGUCUGCUGCUCACAGACCCCAUAGAGAGAGGAAUGAGGGUCCUGGAGAUCAGUGUUUAUGAAGACCGGGGCUCGGGCAGCUCCAGUCCCAGCAGCAGCAUGUCGUCAGCAGGCAGCAGUGCCCGAUGACUGGAGGGGCAGCACCAGGCGUACGGGUACCACCACCACCACCACCACCACCACAGGGGCAGCGGGACACUCACCAACAUCCGCAUGCUGAAACAUGAGAGCACAAGAUUCUAAGUGGAGAGGAAAAAAAAAAAUGUAAGAAGGUGAUCGACAGCAUUCACACUCUCCCUGCAGCAGUCUUCCUUGAAAACAGGAGCUGGCUUACACAAACACACUGGAUAUGUAACAGAAUCAACACAAAGUGCAACAGAACCCACACAUAGACUGCAGACACACGUACAAGCCAACAUUCAGAAUGUCUGUGAGGGAAUCGAUUUCACUUUCCAACUGCUUUCCAAACCAAAAUAAUCUUUAUUUUUGUUUUCGCUUCCAAUUUUUCCAUUCACCUUUUCUCUCAUUCCUUCACGUCUGUUUCCAUGACUCACACCGUCUCCGUGGCGGAGCCGAUUCAGCGGGCUCGCCCUUGAUUAGACCGGACGUCAAUGCUCGAUUGUUUUCAGAGGGGGUGUCACUGUCACUGUUUCUAUCUCCCGUUGCAUGGGAAGCGUAGUCUGAGGUCUGAGGGAGACCCAGUGUUCUCCUGUCUCGCUGAAUGAGCGCAUUCAUGUCAGGUGGUUCGGGUCAAGCUGCUCUGAAUGCCCGCAGAUUGGCUCUGCUGUGGUCCGAUGCUCCAUUCACAUGCAUUUGGCUUCGGUAUCAAACAGCUGAGCACCAGAACAGAGAGCACCUUGGAUUAUUUAUCCCUCUCAUUUACAAGAGUGGACGCUAGUGAUCCACAUCACAGCUGCAGGUCACACACACACAUCCUUGUGCUAAAGAAGACACUCAUAGGCAUAAUGCAUUCUCUUACCCUUACCCAAAAUAAAUGCAUAAACCUUAACCUGAGUUUAACAUAAACCCACUCUUAACUUUAGCCCUGAAAAAGCGUGUGAAAGCUGUGAGGAACACGGUGAUUCUGGCCAGACGCUGUUCUGUUCCCUGUGGUCUCAGCUCAUUGGGAAGGCAAGCAAACCCAGGCCCUGUUAGUCUGUGCUAGUCUCCUUUGGCAGAGCACGUCUGUUUCUUCAGACUUAAUGACAUGUGUAUGUUUGCGUAUGAAGACAUUUACAGUGUCAGCUGGGAAAUACUGACUUUAUUAAUUAAUCCCGAAGGAAAAAGUCGUGUUUCCAGCAGCACAGCACCUGAGUACUAAAGAUAUGCGUCAGCCCGUGGGUAGGUGGAAAGGGAAUUGGCUUGUAACGGGAGGGUUUGAGUCCCCACCAGGUCAAAUGGCUGGGGUAUACCCUUGAGCAAGGUACCUAACCCCCACUGUUAGCCGGGUGCUGUGGCUGCCCACUCCGCCUAAUUCUAUAAGAGUUCUGGUAUAGGAUGGGUUAAAUGCAGAGAAGUAUUUUCUCUACCAGUGAAAGUAGAAAUAAAGCUUUAAAAUAAAAGCUAUAUUGGUAAAAAUGUACACUUUUAACUGAGGGAACACAGAACACAAGAAAUUAAUGGUCAAUAGUCCCUCAAAGGUGUACAUUUCUUUAUUGCCUUCUCAUUUGACAAUUAACAAUAAAAUAGUUUUUGUUGGUGAAACACAGUUGUAGCUCCCUCUAGAGUCAGGCUGAGGAAGUGCAGAACGUCUUUAUCAAAAUCCACCCCAAAGGGGAUUUGAGUUUAAAAGGCAGAGCUGAUAUGAUUCACGCUUUGUGUUAUUUCCUAAUUAAAGUCAUAUCCAUCUGACACUAAUUAUGCACAGUGCUGAUUUGCUCUGUGGGUAAUUUCCUCAUUCGGCGUCUUCAGUACACAAAAGAUACAUCAGCCCUGAGGAGAAGAAAACUCUGCCUCUCCUAUUAGGAAACACUGCAUCCUGUCUGUCUGACUGAUGUGUGUGUGUGUGUGUGUGUGUGAAGCCUGGUGAAACAAGGGAUUGUUCUUAUGUAAGUAAAAUAUGCUGAUGGCAGAAGACAGAACACCCACACGAUGUCUAACUAAAGACACGACUACAUGAAAAAAACAUUAACCACGUCUCACUGUCUGCAUGUUUUUACAUCGC